CCCAGCACGCUUGCGCGAGGAAGUCUUUCCGGGCGAGGGGGAAGUUGAGCGGUCCAGGGGCAAAGGCGAAACUUCGGGGCCAGCUUAGCAGGAUGUCGGGGGCUACGGGCGGCGCGACGGGUUCGGCCCGAAAACGGCUCCUAAAGGAGGAGGACAUGACAAAGGUGGAGUUCGAGACGAGCGAAGAGGUGGACGUCACCCCUACCUUCGACACGAUGGGCCUGCGUGAGGACCUGCUGCGCGGCAUUUACGCGUACGGUUUUGAGAAGCCUUCAGCUAUCCAACAAAGAGCAAUCAAACAAAUCAUAAAAGGGAGAGAUGUGAUUGCACAAUCACAGUCUGGAACAGGCAAAACAGCAACAUUUUCCAUCUCUGUUCUACAGUGUCUGGACAUCCAGGUUCGUGAAACCCAAGCGUUGAUUCUGGCACCUACUAGGGAAUUGGCAGUACAAAUUCAGAAGGGACUUCUUGCUCUUGGUGACUACAUGAACGUCCAGUGUCAUGCCUGUAUUGGAGGAACCAAUGUUGGUGAGGACAUCCGAAAGCUGGAUUAUGGACAGCAUGUUGUGGCUGGCACACCAGGGCGUGUAUUUGAUAUGAUUCGUCGUAGAAGUCUAAGGACUCGUGCUAUCAAAAUGUUAGUGUUGGAUGAAGCUGAUGAGAUGCUGAAUAAAGGGUUUAAAGAACAGAUCUAUGAUGUGUACAGAUACCUUCCUCCAGCAACUCAGGUGGUUCUGAUCAGUGCCACUUUGCCACAUGAGAUCUUGGAGAUGACAAACAAAUUCAUGACUGACCCCAUCCGCAUCUUGGUGAAACGUGAUGAGUUGACUCUUGAAGGGAUCAAACAGUUUUUUGUGGCUGUAGAGAGAGAAGAAUGGAAAUUUGAUACUUUGUGCGACCUGUAUGACACUCUCACCAUCACGCAGGCUGUCAUCUUCUGUAAUACCAAAAGGAAGGUGGACUGGCUAACUGAAAAGAUGAGAGAAGCUAACUUCACUGUUUCAUCAAUGCAUGGUGACAUGCCUCAGAAGGAGAGGGAAUCCAUUAUGAAAGAAUUCAGAUCAGGGGCUAGCCGAGUCCUUAUUUCUACAGAUGUUUGGGCCAGAGGCUUGGAUGUACCUCAGGUGUCUCUAAUUAUUAACUAUGAUCUACCAAACAACAGAGAAUUGUAUAUACACAGGAUUGGUAGAUCGGGUCGCUAUGGUCGGAAAGGUGUCGCCAUCAACUUUGUAAAGAACGAUGACAUUCGUAUUCUGCGAGACAUUGAACAGUACUAUUCGACCCAGAUUGAUGAAAUGCCCAUGAAUGUUGCUGAUCUUAUUUGAAGGACUGAAGACAAGCAGAAGAAAGAAGCUGCUCUUAUUAACGAUGUGUUAGUCUGCAGUUCGAGAGGGCUGCUUCUGACUCUGCUUUUCACUGAUACUCAUCUUAAUGACCUACCAAUGUAAUGCAAAUAGACACACCUCUGCUUCAGUGCUGAAGAUGCAGUGAGGGAAAGAUGCAAGUCUGUACUACUGAUGGUGCAGGUCAGGCACUGAAAGGUCCAUGUUGGUGAAAAGUAAUGUUGGAACCAGCCAGCAUCCUUGGUGUCUUUUUUUAUUUUGAUUUUUUAGACUGUCAUGUUGCAAGUUGUCUUCUUUUUUGAUGGAACCUGCUAGUAGCAUCUUUGUAUAGUGGAUACUCACUGUCAUCUCACCUGCUACUUUUUUCCUGAUUAAACAGUGUUUUCAUAUA